CUUUCAUUUCAAAGAGAAAAAAUUUAUCAAAAAAUCUCAAUCUUCCUAUUGAUUAGAGCGGUUUUCCAUCAUAUGGGAAACCGCUCCUUCAAUAUUAUCCCAGUUGAUCCUUUGAAAUUUCUGUCAAUAUACAACUUUUGCUAUCAAAUUUCCUACUUUUGUAUUGUCAGUAAAUUGUUUGGGACUGCCCAGUUUUUGUUUUAUGAUAUAGUACUUGUGCAUUAUGCAGUUUAGAUCAAAUUUAGGACAAGUUGAGAUCUUUAGUCUAGAUUGUGAAUUGGGUUUUGACACCCAAAUCAAGAUUGAUCAUUUGAUCUUAGGUAUACCAUAUAUAUACCAUAAAGUGAGGAAGAAAAUAUGGCUGAAUUUAGCAAAUGUUCAUGUCCUCAACCUACUAAGUGGUUGAAGGGAAAAGUGAUAGGAUCAGGAUCAUUUGGGAGUAUUCAUUUGGCUAUGAACAAAGCGACCGGGGGACUUUUCGUCGUAAAAUCUGCAGACUCUGAGGCUGGACUAAAGUGUCUUGAAAAUGAAGUAAAAAUUCUUGAGAAUUUGGAUUCACCUCAUAUUGUCAAAUUCAUAGGUAAAGAUUUCUUUUUUGAAGCAAAUGGUAAGAGAAAGUUGAGUCUUUUUAUAGAGUAUAUGACAGGGGGAAGUUUAGCUGAUGUGGCUGAGAAAUUUGGAGGGUUCUUAGAUGAAGAAGUUAUUAGUUUGUAUACAAAAGGAAUUCUUAAGGGUCUAAAGUAUAUUCAUGAAAAUGGGAUUGUACAUUGUGAUUUGAAGUGUAAGAAUAUACUAUUAGGAACUAGUGGAGAAAUCAAAUUGGCUGAUUUUGGAUGUGCAAAGAGAAUAAAAGACAAUAAGGUAAAUGGUAGUCUUAAAUCUUUGUCUAAAUCUAUUGGUGGCACUCCUUUGUGGAUGGCACCAGAAAUUUUGAGAAAUGAAGAGUUAGAUUUUGCUGCUGAUAUUUGGUCUUUAGGUUGUACAGUUAUCGAAAUGGCGACGGGGAAGCCCCCCUGGGGAGGGGAUAUAUGUACAAAUCCUUUGGCUGCAGUUUUGAAGAUUGCUUGUAGUAAUGAUAUGCCACAGUUUCCAGCACAUUUUUCUGAUGAUGGUUUGGAUUUCUUGGCUAAAUGUUUGGAAAGGGACACUAAAAAGAGAUGGAGAGUUGCACAAUUGCUUGAUCAUCCAUUUGUAUCAAAGAUGUCAAAAGUCAAGAAUUUAGAAAAGAUUGAUGCUAGUACACCUGCUAGUGUUUUAGAUGCUAGAUUUUUCUCUGAGAUGGAUUUCUUAGAUGAAUCAAGUGAUGAAGAUGAUUCUAUGAGUGGAAAUCCAUUGUCAAUGAGAUGCGAUCGCGAGUUUUGGAUCUCGAGAAGAGGAGGGAAAAAUGAUUUGGAAUCAUCAGAAAGUUGGAUCACUGUGAGAAACUAGUUGAGGAAGAUGUAAAUACAUUAUGUGAAUUUUGUAUGAUAUGUGGAAAUGUACAAAAGAUAGGGGAGCCUGGCACCGGAGGCGGAGCCAGUAUUCUAACCUUACGGGUUCUAGAUUUAUUAUUUAUACAUAUUUCAUGAAUUCAAAAUACCAAAUAUACUGUUUGAGAAAAAGCGACGGGUUCGGCCGAACCCGUAGGCGACUUGUGCCUCCGCCCCUGCAUGACAAGCACAACGGUAAGAGUUGUCAUCGUUUGAUCAAGAGAUCAUGGAUUCGAGUUGCGGAAACAAUCUCUUGUAGAAAUACAAUAAUAGACCUAUUUUAGUUCAGGUAUCCUUGAACAUCAUGCAUAGCAUGAACUUUGAACAUCAUAGUAUUUUUCUCUUUAGUAUAUGAGGCUACUUAGGGAUGUGAAUUGUACAAUUGGCACACUGCUAAGUUGAUUCUCAUUGAAUAACAAAUCAGUUAGCAAAUGCAUCUUACCUUGUGUUUUAGUUGAUUGACAAAAUCAGUGUUCUAAAUAGCAGUAGAUCUAAUUUAAAACAAAUA